GCAGCGAGAGCAUUCUUUCAAGCUAAUGAUUAAGCCCAGCGCCUGGCAAGGGCGUGGGCUGCUGGGCUGGGAAGGUGAGCCCCAUUCACACCUCAGCCAGGCUUGGGUGGCCAGGACUGGUUUGGGAAGGCAGAGCCCCCGGGGCUCAGGGGCCCUCAGCCAGCUGCUGCAGCCUCCUGCUCACCCGGGCUUAGAGGCGUCCAAGGCGUCUCAGAUCCAGAAAAGACGCUGCUGCUGGCCCCACUGGGGCUCUCCCCACACCCCUGACACCAUGAAGUUCCAGGCGUUCUGGACUGGGCUGGAAUAUACCUGCCGGCUUCUGGGCAUCGCCACUGCUGCAGUGUUGAUUGGAGUGGGCACUGAGACCUUCCUCCGAGGGAAGUUCAAAAGCCUGGCCUUCUACCUGCUGUGAGAUCACAGGGGCCGCCAUCUCCGUGUGUGAAGGGGCCUACUUUGUGGCUCAGCUUCUGUCCAUCUGCUGCAAGUGUCGGCCAGGCUCCCUGGCACACAGAGCGAAGGAGAAGACCCGCUGGCUGGGUUGCUUCCAGAAGUUCCUGGCCUAUAUGCUGCUCUCAGUAGCCUGUUUCCUCCACCCUGUCCUGGUCUGGCAUGUGACCAUUCCAGGCUCCAUGCUCAUCAUCACUGGCCUGGCCUACUUCCUGCUGAGCAAAAGGAAGAAGGGCAAGGCUGCCCCCAAGGAGCGGUGCCCCCCAGAGCGGUACACGGACCCCUCCAGCAGCGCCGUGAGCUCCACGGGCUCCGGGGACACUGAGCAAACCUACACCUUCCACGGGGCCCUGAAGGAGGGGCCCAGCUCACUCUUCAUUCACAUGAAGAGCAUCCUGAAGGGGACCAAGAAGCCCAGUGCCCUGCACCCCCCAAGCACCGUGCUGGAGCUGACGCUGGAGCCGCCCGACUCCCUGGCCAAGAAGAAGCAGGUGCACUUUGAAGACAGCGCGGUCCGGAUCAUCCCUUCCCUCGCGGAAGGUCUGGACCACGUGGACAGUGACGCAGAAGAAGAAACUACCUCGGACACCACGCCCAUCAUCCCCCCCGCCCAGUCCCCUCUCCUCUUGUCCUCACUCAUGGCCUCCGACCUGUUCUGAGCAACUCAGCUGGGCGUGCACAGACAUGGGUGGCCCUGCAGGUCAGCUCCUCCUGGACUCCAGAUGACUCCAGGGCGGCCACCAGGUGGUGUCGCCAAGUCAGCAGCGCUUCAGCAUCUCCAGAAUGGCACAGCUGAGGUUCGCGCAGCUUGGAACAAGCGCAAGGCUCCUUCUUGCUGGCCUUGGGCGGGAAGAGAGACCAUUCCUGCACUCCCUACAAGGCGAUGGGUCCCCGCUGUCUCAACCCCAAAGGGACAGAGACAUUUGCCCUGCCAAAAGCAGUGGGUGUACCUGGCUCCUGGCAAUGAGUCUGGCUUUCAGCAAGGGCCCCAUUCUGCCUCCCAGCACUGGAGCCCAGGGGUUCCUUGGCCACUAGAGUGUCUCGAGGAGAAUGGAGGUGGUCCUGAGUCCUGAGCUUGAUGGCUCAGAGCAGGGGUUGGGUGGGGAGAGGUUGCCGACCCUCGGGGUGAGAAAGGCCGGGCGGGCGGUGUGCAGUGUUCUCAACCUGCGCUAAGCAGGAGGAUUUUCAACGGCCCGCAGGGAGGCAAGGCUGCACUGUAUUCAUUGUCAAGAAAGGCAGGACAGAAGAGCAUUGCUGAGCACUCCCUGCAUCCCCACCUGCUAGAUUCCAAGCAGAUGAUGCAAACCAAAGAAGCUGAGAGCCCAUGACAGUGAUAGCAAUGUCCAGGGUGCAAUGUCCACUCCCUGUAUGUAGGCCAGGCCCCAGGUAGCCACACAGCACAGAGAAGUGGCUCAGCCACACUUAGACACCGAGCAAGUGGAGUGAGUGAUAAAUGGUUUGUUCAAAACAGAAAGGAGGGGAGGAGGGAGGACAGCGUGCAGACAGACAAGGUAGACAGAAGGAGAAGCUAGCCCAGGAUGAAAACAGAUAUUUGAACCACAUAGUUCUCGGUGGAGGAUUUGCAAUGUAGCUUUUACUUCCAAAUUGUGAACUUGGUUCAUAAGACUGCUGUCAGGGAAGGCAGCCUCCUGAUUCGUCACAGGAAACCUUGAUGCCCAAAGCAGGGGGAGAAAGGCAGAUUCCUAAGGGUUAUAUAUGGAGAGGGGGCCUGUCCCCUUGCUCCCAGAAGUGAGGUAGAGAAGUAGAGUGUGCUCGUCACAGUGCGGAGAAGGAGAAUGCUCGUUGUGGUACAAAUUUCAGCAUGGCCUAUGACAGUGUUGGAAAUGAGCAGUGGGGAGCUGUCAUGGGUCUGGCGCUGAAUGCUGCCCCCACGGUCCAAACCAGCGGGGAUCUUCCGCGGCAGAAGAGAUGUUUGCGCAAAAUGGAUUGAGGGUCUGCGUGCAGGUGGGAACUGUUUCUGAGCCUGCCAGCCACUUGCCCUGUCCUGGCUGGCCUUUGGUCAGUGCAGCUUAACACUUUCCCAAGUCCUCCCAGCUGUCAGAGCCAGCCGACAUCUGACAUCUUCUUGACUGUCCAGGUUUUUGGUUUUCUAGUGAAGUUCAGCCUUCUGUUGCUUUGCCACCAGUCAUAAGCACUCAUACCUGCUCUUCCCAAGAUUUGUCUGUAUGAUUUGGUUUUUGAUCACAACUCGGCACAUGCUGUUCAAAACAAGCUCAUUCUGAGGCUGAGCUCUGGGCUCGAUCUUCCGAAAGAAACCCUCUGCUCUGUCACCCAGGAGUCGGCAGCCAGGAUGGGAUCAGCUGUUCCUCCGCUAACUAGGUAGACAAAAGCGGCAACAGCCUUCUGUGGCUGUGGCUUGCCCUUCCCUGUGUGGAGCCUCGGCCCUGGAGAUGAGAUGAGCAAGGGUUAGAAGGGCAUCCAUUUGGGAAGCCUGCCAGGCCUGGAGCAGAGCUCCCUGGAUGUAAGUGGAGGUUCAGAAGAAAGUGAGGCUGACCCCAUAACUCCUAUUGACGUACCUUCAAAGUGUCCUUUAUUUUUAGCUAACACUUUAUAAAUCAGGUUGAAGAUACCCACAGACAUUCCUGU